GUGGGAUACGCAGGGUUAGGUUUCGAAAUCACUCAAAAAUACAUAUAAAAAGAAAAGGAAGCGGUGUGUGUGGUCUCUACUGUCUAUAUAUAGAUAGAAAACGUGGUUAGUGAUUUGGUAGAUAACAAAAAUUGGAGAUGAUGGGGAGAUCUCCGUGCUGCGACGAGAGUGGUCUGAAAAAGGGGCCAUGGACUCCCGAAGAAGACGAUAAACUCAUAAACUACAUCCACAAACACGGCCACGGCAGCUGGCGCGCUCUCCCCAAACUUGCAGGUUUGAACAGAUGUGGUAAGAGCUGCAGACUGCGAUGGACUAACUAUCUCCGCCCGGAUAUCAAGAGAGGCAAAUUCUCCCAAGAAGAGGAGCAAACCAUCCUCAAUCUCCACGCCAUUCUUGGCAACAAGUGGUCGGCGAUCGCCACACACCUCCCGGGGAGAACUGACAACGAGAUCAAGAACUUUUGGAACACUCAUCUGAAGAAGAAACUGAUACAAAUGGGGUUCGACCCGAUGACCCACCGGCCGCGCACCGACAUCUUCUCGACCUUGCCGCACCUCAUAGCCCUAGCCAACCUCAUCGAAAACCCUUCAUGGGAGGACCAAGCCAUGCGCAUCCACAACGACGCCCUGCACAUGGCCCGCCUCAACAACUACUUGACCUACAUUCUGCAGCCGCCCUCCUCCGACCUCCUCCUCAAUUUGCCCCCGCAGCAGCAGCAGCAGCACCAGCCCUAUAAUUUUCAAGACUCGCUUGCCUUCGCACAUAUGCCGGAUUUGAUACCGGCCACCGCCGCCGGGCCGGAUGCCUCGUGGAUGGCGCCGUUGACUGAGACGUCCAUCACCAACACCAACACCAACACCAACACCAACACCAACACCGGAGAUGCUUGCAGCACGUCCAGCUAUGGAGGCGCGCAAAUUUGGUCUGAGCUGCUGGAUGAUCCCUUCUUUCAAGAGAUCGCCUAGUGUUACGUUCCACCAAAUGCUCAUAUAUAGCUGCUACAGGAAAGGUUUGGAAUUUUUCCUUCUCAUUUCUAUGAAUUUUCCAUCUGUUUUUUUUUUUUUUUUUUUUUUUGUGAAAUAGGAAAAAGCUAUGAAUUAACAGCCUACACAUUGUUCAUAUAUAACCCAGAGUUUUAUAUUAUGCGUGCUUUUUAGAAUGGCUAGAGCUACACAUUUUUUUUUUUAAUUACCUAAGUUUGAUUUUGUUUCAUAUGUACAAAGAAAGGACAUAUAAUAUAUAUAUGAUCAGAACGAUUUCUUCUAUCA